UCCGGUACGGGCUCGUUACCGGAGCUGUGGUGCCCUGCCUGCGGGUGAGAAAGUGAUAGGAAGAGAGACGCUGAGAACUUUGAGAACUUGCAGUGGAAGUGAGUGGUGUGGAUUACUUACUGCUGAGGAAGAGGGCUCAAGUGUUUGUGCGAUGGAAUUGGAAAAGAACAGUGAUGUUAAAAGCAAAAAAAGAUGUUUCAAUCAGACCUUCCUUCUUUCUUCUUACUCUGAGAAACCUGAGCACAUGCUCAUGGGAGAUGUUGCAGCAGGACCCAACCACUCUGGUUUUGGCCAGGCAUGUUCUGCCGAUGUUCCUGAAUUAAAGUUGUCAGAGGAAAAUUUACCGUACUUAAUUUCAUAUUCAGAUGCAGAUCUUGAAAUGGGUAAUAAAAAGAGGAUGGGAAUUUGUUAUGCAAAGGUAGAUGAAAGCAAGAAAGAAGCUGAUGGGUUGGAAAGCGCAUCUGAUGAUGCGCACUUCAAUUGCAGGGGGUGUGAUCAUUGCAGACAAAGCUAUUUGAGUGAAGAUUCACAGCUGGAGUAUCUCAGUGCUCACGAGCAAGAUUUUGAUGAUGAGAAUAGCUCGAGUAAGUUUUCUGAACUAAGGGGAACUACAGGAAUUGAAACCUUAGGUCUGAUAGACUCCAUUUGUGAAGUUCCAGGGGGUGGAGUCAUACACGAACAAAAUCUCACAGACCUGUUAGAAGAUUGUGGUUCUGCUUCUGAGUAUAUCAUAGAUGACCAGACCUCCCCAGAAGCAGCUAUGCCAGAGCUUCCCCACCUGCUUCAGGACUCUCUGUCUCUGCAAGAUUGCAGUGGCAUGACUUGUGAUCAUCAGGAAGAGCAAACAGAGUAUCAUAGUGUUGUUUGUGGAAAUACACUUGAAAGUCAUUCUCAUGGGGUCUGUCCAAAUCUGUUUGUAUAUGACAGUUUAGAAGAUGGAGAGGUGAAAGACAUAUCACUGAUUGAUGGCACGCUGCCACCCCAAAUGGCUGUAACCGAAGUAAUGUCUGCAAAAACUGGCAGACAUCGACAGCAUCUCAGCAAAGCAAAGCAAUCCUUCACUGUCUCUGAUAGAAAGGGUCCCUGUAGAUGCAUGCAAGUCUGCAAACAUGCAGAGGACUUGGAUUUCUGCAGUUGUGAAGAAUCUGGCAUGUGCACACAUGGUACCACCUGCACUGACUGCACUGCAAAGGAUGCUGAAACCCAUAUUGCAAUCUCUGAAGUUCUCACUAACAAGAAACCUUUUUUUUGUGUGGAACUUGCAGAUAAAUCCUCCCUUGGAAAUCCCAACUCUCUGAACUCAGAGCUGGAGCAUUGUGAAAGCUUGAUAAACACUGCCUGUGCCUCUGCAGUUAACCAGGUUGUUGAUGUGAGUUCCGAUUUUAGAGCUUGCUUUACAACAAGCAGAAGUACCUGUGCUCAGGUUCGUCUCUUGUCCAGGGCUAUUAAUACAGAGAUAACGAUGAACACAUCUCGAUGGAUGGGAUGGUGCUGUGAAAACUGUGCAGAUGUUGCUUGUAAUACAGACUGCUCGUAUGAAGCUGGUAGUACAGAGGAAAUUCAUUCACAGGUUACUGACAAGCUGGAAGAGCCCUCAGAUGGCGAUGCUGCAAUAGCUGAAAGAAGUUCACAAAUUCAGGAACAGCAGGAAUCCAAAACUGAGACAAGUGGCAGUGACUUACAGAUAAGCACUGACAGGCUGGUACUCCUUGAUGAACAAGCUGUGAAAAAUUCUGCAUCAACUGACUGUCAGAAAAUACUGGAGAGAGCAACUGAAGCAGAAUUGCAGAUUCUGAAUGCUCAUUUUCAUAUGUGUUACCAGCACUGCUUGAAGAUUUACAAACUGGCUCUGGAGGAAAACAGAUGUUUUAUUAGAUUUAAUGAAAAAUCAGAAUUAGAUUCAUCUCUCUCAUUGGUUUUGGAAGAGCUAGAAAAGAAUUACAACAGUAUGAAAAUGAAAAUAAAAAUGGGUUCACCUUUAAGUGCACUUUCUCCGCUAUCAGUUGAGAUGAAGUUUUUCCAAAUCUACUCUUCUUAUGUCCCCUCCAAGUUGUUCAGAGAGGAUCUCUGCACUGAUUCUGUUUCAGGCAAAAGAAAAUCCGAUUCUAAAGCAUCAGAACUGCAAGAAAGGAAGAUUUCUGACACCAUGGACAAACCACAGGUUGAAGGUUUAAGUGAUGGAGGUGAGCCAAGUAACUCUACUUCAUCCAAGACUUUGGAAGAACAACCUAAAGAUCAGGGUGAGGAACGUGGCUGUGUGAAAAAUGAAGAAGGGAAUGAAGAUUGGUUUGAUGCUAAAGAGAACUUGACAGUAGCAAAUUUUUCAGUAACAGCCAAAGACACAAAAAAGCAACAAGAACAAGACACAGUUGAUUUAAGAGUAACACUUGCUUUCUUACAUUCAUUGUUAGGAGCAAAGAGUGGAAGUGAGUAUUCUUUUCUUCAUGUUGAUGACCUAAAUUCCUCAGUGUCAGAGGCUGAUCUAAGAUCACAUUUCCAGAAGUAUCAUAUCUGUGACAUUUUUGUCUCUGCGGAAUCUAAUAACUGCAGAUGCGCGCUUAUUUCCUUUAAAGACAUUAGUAAAGCCAAGUUAGCUGUAGAGGAAAUGAACCAGAAAAAGAUAAAAGGAAAAGAAAUAACUGUUAGAAUCGUAAAUACUGUAUCAGAGAGUAAAUAUAUGGUUUCCCAAGUGCUUAAAAAUAAGCUUUCGUGUGAAAUCCAACCUGCUGAGAAGAGUCAGAGAAAUGAUCAAAGUAACACACUCACUUCAGCCUCCAAUUCUGUGGAAGCCCCUGUCACUGCUUCUGCUUCUGAGAAAAUAACUUCUUCAAAAACCUCUUGCUCUACACAUGUACCUUCAGAAACGAAGUGCCCUGAUGGGAAACCAUCUACUGAAGAUCCUUAUUUGCUUGAAGUCAAACAAAAGGAUACUGGAGAAAACUUCCUGUUCAAAACAUCUUACUCCAAUAAGUCAUAUGAUGUCUUUGUUUUACCUGAUAAUUUGAACUUGAGCAGUUUUACCAAAUUAGUUGAGAAACUUAGAGGACUUCAUCCACAGGCUAGCAGAGAUGCAAUUUUGGCUGCUUUGCUGGAGGUGAAGAAAAACAACAAUGGUAUCCUAAGUGGCUUGUCCAUCAAUACCAUUGUGGCAAGGACCUCUGCCAUUCUAAGGAAAUCCAGUAAAUAAGUGGGUAUUCUAGCCUACAGAAAUACAUUGAAAUACCUUCCCCCCUCCCCCCAAAUUUGUGUAGCUGUAUAGCCUGAGUAGAUUAGUAAGUAACUUAGUAUAAAGCUCUGAAAGAAGGAUGUGAAUGAAUCCACGGAAGCAAUAGCUUCUCAGCAUUGCUAGCUGUUUAGCAGAACAUCUGUAAACAGGCUGGCUUGCUAGCUCUUUAAGUAUAUUGCUGGGUUUAUUAUGUCAACUAUGGUACUGAUUAACUUAGUGGAGACUGUCAAACAUUCUGUACAAAGCUGACACCUAAUGGCCAGUCCUUGUGUAGCAGUUCAUAAAGAUAGCACAGCACAGGCUCAAUUUUGGUUUAAAACUUGAGGAUUUCUCUGAUGGAUGAGUUCUGGAGUAGAAAUCUUAACAGAAUAAGUUUGUAUUUCUUUUAGGUUUUUUUUUUUUUUCAUGCUAAAGGACACCUUAUAGGAUGACACAGCACGGGAUGCUGCAGGAAGCUGCAGCAAGCUGAACAUGCUAAAAACACAGCCCAGAAUUCCAGGGGUAUACUCCUGCAGAAGACAUCCUGGAGUUGAUGCUUGUUUCUGUCUCCUAAUAAGCCUGGUAUUCUGCUUACUUUAGGACUGCUAGCAGUGCCACUAUCAGGUUUCCUGCACUGUCCCAGAUGUUCUUAGCAAUGCUCCAGCUUUACUUUUGCCUACAAACACAAUUGGUACGAUAUUUAUUCUUCCACGUUGUUUCCUCCCCAGACUGCACCAAAUUCUUGACGCUUUGAUUUUAGUCUCAAAGCCCCUGUUUCAAGGAUGUCAAGGAGUCAGUCUGGCUUUAAUCAAUACCACCUCUUCCAAGAUGAGUAGCAUUACUGCUGAUGAUAGUUUUACAUAUCUGGGUAUCUUUGCCACCCAUUCAAUGUAGCUUUUCAGACUGAAUUCUCUAGUCAGAUGCUUGCACACAUGUUACUGUAGUACAUGAGUAAACCACAACACAGCCUUAACUUGAACAGAACUGCUGUACCUUAGAUACUAGAACUGUACUAAGAGUAGAGCGGUUCUGUCCAGUGAGACAAAACAGGAGCUUGGGCU